CAGCGCUCGCCGGACAUGAAGUAUCCUGGAUUUUCCAAUAUGCUGUGUAAAUUUCUUGGCGCCGAGUUGAGCAGUGGUCACCAGGCUCGACUCCUUUGAAAAAAAUCAGGCACAAAUCGGGGUUCAGAUAGUUUUUAAGUCGCCAUGGUAGGCACUUUGUCCCCCUGUAUCCGGGUGCCAUGAGGUCCUUCGUAGGCAUUUAUGUGACUCUCGCAGCCGCAGCGGUGGCGCACCAACCUUCCGCUCGUAAAUCUUUAGGCUUCGGGCCAGAAAAUCCAACUGCCAAGUUCCUUACGCAUCCCGCCCACGUCCCCAGCUUUGCCCACUUGAACACUCCGAGGGAUGUAGCGCUCAAUUUCCUCACUACUCUCCCAUCUGUCCGCCCAGGGCUUCCCCUCGUUGAGGGACUUGACUUCAUCAUUCGAGAUGAUUCCUACACCGACGAGCGCACAGGUGUUUCUCAUAUCUAUGUUCGCCAGUUGUGGAACGGUGUUGAGCUUUCUGAUGGGGAUAUUCACCUUAACAUUCUGAGUGAUGAAGUGAUCUCGUACAGCGACUCGUUUUUCCGCGGAAGAGCCCCCUACGACUUCUACAACAACAAGCCUGCGGAGGACCAUCAUGGGACCUUCUGCGCUAAGCACGCUGGAUCUCCACCCGCUGAAGAGCUAAGUUGGGAUGACGAGCAACUCGUUAUUGGCCGUAUUUCCCCAUCUUCGAAAUCACGCCAUAUCAAUUGCAAUACCAUUUCCAUUGUCAACGCGGCUCGUCUGGCGUUCGACGAGGCGGACUUGUCGCAAGAUGGUUUCAGUGAGCCUCAGAAGGCAUUGCUUCACUUCAUGAUUGCUGCACAUCCCUCUCCCGAGUAUGCCGAAUCGCUUCUCCACGGUUUCGAGAAGCACCUAGAGAAAAUGAACGUCGUCUACACGUACCAUCUCACGGGCGCUAAUCACCAUCCUGCCGCGGAAGUUCAGAACGUCCCUGGCGCACUGGGCCCCGUGAAAGCCAAGCUUGUCUACGUUCAGUCUCCCACUUUGGAGACCCAGCUCACUCUUGCAUGGAAGUUCGAAGUCAAGAUGCAAGACAACUGGUAUGAAGCAUAUAUGGAUGCGUCGCACCCUUCGUACAUCCACACCGUCAUCGAUUGGGUCUCCGAUGCUCCCCUUCCGCGACCUGUGAGCCAGCCGAAGUACAACGUGUGGAAAUGGGGCAUCAACGACCCAUCUGAAGGCGUGCGUUCGGUUGAAUCUGGAUAUGACAAACUCGCCAGUCCACUGGGUUGGCACUCUUUACCUUUCGCAAACGACCCAUCUCAAACUUCACCCAAGCCCAAGGGGUUGCGCAACACCACGACGACUUGGGGUAACAACGUUAUUGCACAUGAGGACUGGGAGGGUGCUGAGAGUUGGCUUGAGAACUACCGCCCUGUCGCCGAGGAUCUCAACUUCAACUACAAGUACGGUCCUGAGGACAAGCCUUCCUCAAACCCUAAGGAUUACAUCAACCUCACCGUUACGCAGCUCUUUUAUACGAUCAACAGGGUUCAUGAUCUAUAUUACCGCUACGGAUUCGACGAAGUCAGCGGUAAUUUUCAACAAUACAACUUUGGGAAAGGAGGCAAGGAAGGUGAUGGAGUCAUCGCUAACGCCCAAGACGGUAGCGGUACUAAUAAUGCCAACUUUGCGACACCCCCAGAUGGGCAACACGGAAUCUGCCGCAUGUACAUAUGGAACACUGCAACGCCAUAUCGUGACGGUAGCUUCGAAGCCGGGAUUGUAAUUCAUGAGCUCACACAUGGUUUAAGCACCCGUCUCACCGGAGGGCCUGCCAACAGUGGCUGCCUUCCAAAUGGCGAGAGUGGUGGCAUGGGUGAAGGGUGGGGUGUCCGCAGCACCAGUGCGUACAAGGAUUUCCCUAUGGGUGCCUGGGCUGCGAACAACGUAAAAGGAAUCCGACACUACCCUUAUUCAAUUGAUAAAACCUUCAAUCCUACAACCUACAAAAUCCUGGAUAGGCGUGACUUUGCAGAUGUCCACGCCAUUGGCGAAGUGUGGGCUGAGAUCCUCUGGAUCAUUGAACAGAAGUUAAUUAAAAAGCACGGAUUUACGGAUACCCUCUUCCCGCCUCAGCAGGAUGAAAACGGCGUUGUUCCAGAGGGCGAUUUUUACAAUAAACAGGAAUACAGACCUGACGGGACCAAGAAGCCUUUAGUGCCUAAACAUGGCAACUCGUUGAUCUUGCAGCUCGUUAUUAAUGCCCUGAAACUACAGCCCUGCCGUCCUACAUUCUUCAAUGCUCGCGAUGCUAUCAUUCAGGCUGACCAGAUUCUCACAGGAGGCCAGAACAAGUGUGAGCUUUGGACUGGAUUCAGUGAGCGUGGAUUGGGACCUAAUGCGAAGAUCGCCCGUUCCCCUUCAAAAGGUGGAAAUGUCCGCACCGACGAUUUCAACGUUCCCGCUGGUGCCUGCAAUGAGUAGUGACACAACUCUCGAAACACCAAUGAAGGGUGCUGGGUAUCGUCACCGUUGAUCAUGUUACAUUUGGUUGGGCCGCCUGUGUCACUGAUACAGUCCUCCGUUCCCAUUUUGUGGUUAUCUCUAGCGAUGAACGUCAUUUUGUUUAUGUAUGGUCGACCUGCGUUGUCCGCGGUUAUUUUUC